AUGCUGUCCAGAUUCGCGCCUCGUGCGUUCCUCGCGCCAGUGCGAUGCAAUGCUCCCCUCCGAGCAGCUUUCAGCCCAGCUGUGGUGAGGAGAACGGUUACCACAGAUGCCGCCAGCACACAUGCUGAGAAGAGCGAUAUCCCUGAUGCCGACGACCAACCCUUCCAGGUCAAACUUUCCGACGAAGCCUUCGAAACAUACGAGCUCGACCCACCCCCUAACACCCUCGACACCACCAAGAAUGAGCUCAAACAGAUGUACUACGACAUGGUUGCCGUCCGCCGGAUGGAGAUGGCCGCCGAUCGUCUGUACAAGGAGAAGAAGAUUCGCGGAUUCUGCCAUCUGUCCACCGGUCAAGAAGCCGUGGCGGUGGGGAUGGAGCACGCGAUUGAGAAGAGCGAUAAUAUCAUUACUGCGUACCGAUGUCACGGGUUCGCUAUGAUGAGGGGUGGCAGUGUGAGGAGUAUUAUUGGCGAGUUGCUUGGAAGGAGGGAAGGGAUUGCGUAUGGCAAGGGUGGAAGUAUGCACAUGUUCUCUACUGGGUUUUACGGUGGGAAUGGUAUCGUUGGUGCUCAGGUGCCGGUCGGUGCGGGUAUUGCCUUUGCGAACCAGUAUAUGGGCAAGAAGAACGUGACCGUGUCGCUUUAUGGCGAUGGUGCUUCCAACCAGGGACAGGUGUUUGAGGCUUUCAACAUGGCUAAGCUAUGGAAUAUCCCUGUCAUCUUCGCUUGCGAGAACAACAAGUACGGCAUGGGCACAGCAGCUAACCGCUCCUCCGCCCUGACCGACUACUACAAACGCGGCCAAUACAUCCCCGGCCUCAAAAUCAACGGCAUGGACGUCCUCGCCGUCAAAGCCGCCGUCCAAUACGGCAAAGAAUGGUGUGCCGCCGGCAAGGGUCCUCUGGUUUACGAAUUCGUCACCUACCGCUACGGAGGCCACUCCAUGUCCGACCCCGGCACCACCUACCGCACCCGCGAGGAGAUCCAGCGCAUGCGAAGCACCAACGACCCCAUCGCCGGCAUCAAGCAGAAGUUGCUCGAGUGGGACGUAGCCUCCGAGCAGGACCUGAAGGAGAUGGAUAAGCAGGCGCGCGCGCACGUGGAUGAGGAGGUGGCGAUCGCGGAGAAGAUGGAGGCUCCGGAUGCGACGCCCGAGGUGUUGUUUGAGGAUAUUUAUGUUAGGGGUUCCGAGCCGCAGUUUUUGAGGGGCAGGACGCCGGAGGAGAACUUUUAUUAUCCUGAGAGGCCGGUGCAGGUCCCGGAUGCGCCGGCUACGAGUGCUUAG